AUGCUUGACUCGUUCCUCGCGCGUGGUCUCGGCCAAAAAGAAGCCGUUGGCGAGCUUCUCAUAAUCAUGAGCGCGGGUAUCGAAACGACCACCACGGCGAUCACAUCCAUCCUCUUCCUCAUUCUCUCCACCCCCGGCGUGCACUCAAAACUCCAAGCCGAGAUUGAUGCUGCUAUGGACUUGGAUCCCAGCUUCCCCGCUGAACAAGCUACUAUCAAUGCUCUUCCAUAA